AUGGACCAAGCACUUGUAACAGUCACUCAGGAGUGCACCAAUUGCAGACAACGGCAGCCCGCAAGUCAGUUCCUCAGACUAAAUGCCGCCAGUGCCAGCAGCCGUAGAACGCUGAAAUGCUUGACGUGCCGGUACCCGAAUGGUGUCCCUGCUGCUGCAAAGCGCCGGGGGACUCCGGCUGCCGCACCUGUCGAGCCUAUUGUCCAACCCAUUGUUCAGCCUCAGCCUCUCGGUCAGCCUCUGCCUGCCGCCCCGGGUGCGUUCCCAUAUUGGCAGAACUCGCAGCCGGCGUUUACGCAAGUCCCGCUCCAGCAGUCCCCGUUCACGCAAGUCCCUUCCCAGUACCAAGAGUAUCUGCAAGGCCGGCAGCAAGGCUUCAUACAGGCCCAGCAGCAAGGCUUUCCGCCCAUGCAGACUUUCCAGCCCAACCAGCAGGCCGGCGCCCCAGACGCCAUAGCCACUGGCAACACACAGCACGGGGGGCGUUUGAUGUGGGUACGUCGGCGCCGUAAUGUUCCUAAUGGAAGACCGACGGACACCCAGCGGCAAGGAGGUCAGAUUCUAUCGCAAGCGGAAACCUUUCUGACUACCACUGUCGGGUUGGCUGGCGGUGUGAUAGUGGUGGCCGGACUCUUGUUCGGGCUUGGUGCAUACCUCUUCGGUGCUUAA